AGUACAAUUUGAUAAUAGUUUUUAUUAAAUACACAAAUUUAAUUUGUCGUACGAAAAAAGAAAUUUCGAAAAUGGAAUGUGUUAAUAAUCUUAUAACACAACUCGAUGGAUCAUUAUCUCAUACGUCAAAUGUGUUGGAUAAUUUUGAGCAUACAAAAUGUGGAAAAUUACUGCAAACUGAAUUUCACCAUGAUGAACAAGGAAAUGAUGUAGCGGAUAAUGACACGGCAGGCGAUCAUGACACAUACUACGCCAGUUGCUACUCUUCGAUGUGGAUAAGAAGUUGCCAAGAGGAAGUGAUCGAGCCUCUUCCAUCGAGCGAAAUCACCGGCAGCAUCCCCGAGUGGUUAACGGGCACCUUGUUGCGGAAUGGUCCGGGUAAUCUGAAAGUGGGCGAAUACCAUCAUCAGCAUCUGUUCGACAGUUCAGCCCUAUUGCAUAAAUUUCAUAUCGCAAACGGAAAUGUCACCUAUCAACGACGGUUCAUCCAAACGGAAGUAUAUAAAAGAAACAUGGCCGCACAGAGAAUAGUUUUUACCGAAUUUGGUACUUGCGCGACGCCGGAUCCUUGUCAAAGUAUUUUUCAAAGGGUAGCCGCUGUAUUCAAAUCAGAUGAUAAGAUAUUGGACAAUUCCAUGAUUUCAAUAUAUCCCUUCGGUGAUGAAUAUUACACAUUCACGGAAGCACCAGUGAUGCACAGAAUUGAUCCGAAGAUUUUAGAAACAAUGGACAGGGUAAACAUAUCGAAAUAUGUUAAUAUUGUACAUCAUACCGCACACCCUCAUAUUAUGGCCGAUGGGACGGUUUAUAAUGUAGGAAUGAGUGUAACGCCAUUUGGACCUAGAUACAAUGUCAUAUGCUUUUAUCCUAAUCGCGUCGCUAUUGACGAUUCCGGAGAGGAGAGAGAAUUGUCCAUGUUCGAUCAAGCAACAAUCGUGGCUAGUAUACCAAGCAAACGGCUGUUGAAUCCAUCGUACAUGCACUCUUUUGGCAUCACCGACAAUUACUUCAUCAUUGUGGAACAACCACUGGCUAUCUCCUUCACCAGAAUGAUGUUCACUCGCUUAAAAAAAGAACCAAUGAUAAAUUGUUUAAAAUGGCACGAGAAUGAAAGUACGCUUAUUCAUAUUAUCUCGAGGGAAACGGGUCAACUAGUGAGAACUUUCAUCGCGGAGACAUUUUUUUAUUUUCACAUCAUUAAUCAGUUUGAGACUCGCGAUGGGGAAUACGUCGUGCUCGACAUAUGCUGUUAUCAGGAUCCGAAAAUAUUGGAGCAUAUGUAUAUUGAUGUGAUGAAGAACAUGCACGGAGACGCCGAUUUCGGUAAUUUGUUUCGCGCCAGUCCGCUGCGUUUCAUACUUCCGAUGAAAGAAGUGCCUUCUGACACAACAUCGGACUACAAUCUCAUUACACUUAAAACGAUGCAUCAGAGCUUACAGUUAUUCCAGGAUAUAAUUAGUAUCGAUUAUAAGAAAAACCUCGAGAUCGUUGAUGAUGCAGACAACAUCGAGAAUAGUGACAAAUCCAGAUACCGCCGAGAUGAACACAGUGCUUUGCGAAAGAAAGCAGUCGCUCACUUUCUCAAUGGCAAGAUCUUUGUAAAACCGGAACUUCUUUGCGACGUAGGGUGCGAAACUCCGCGAAUUAAUACGGAUUUUCAUCUUGGUAAAGAGUACCGGUACUUUUACGCGAUCUCCUGUGACAAGGACAUGGACAAUCUUGAAGCGCUGAUAAAGGUCGAUACUUUCCAAAAGUCCAAGAAAAUAUGGCAAGAAAAGGGUGUUUAUCCGAGCGAACCAAUUUUCGUGCCGAAUCCGAACGGAAAGAACGAAGAUGACGGUGUGGUUGUAAGCUCUAUGAUAUGGGCGGAAAAGGAGACUCGCGUCGGUUUGUUAAUCUUGGAUGCUGUGACAUUUACGGAAAUUGCAAGAGUUACUUUUGAUACACCUGGACCAGUGCCUAGAUGUUUACACGGUUGGUUCAGUCUGGAAAAAUAAUAUAAAGAAAAUCAUUAAUUAAACACAUAGAAUGUUGUUUAAUUAAAAGACUCCGGAAAUGAUUAAAUUUUCUAUCAUUAUUAAAGUAUUGAAAGUCGUGACAAAUUGUUUUUAUUUGUGCUUGUAAAUGUGAUUAUCUUUCCGAGAGUAAGAUAUAUAUAUAAAUAUAUAUAU